AUGGAGUCGAAUGUGACCGAAACUAUUGGGGAGUCACUGCAGCAACAGUUUGACCAUUGGUACACGUUUCUGGUGGAGGAUCUGAGCGACAAGCGUACGGCACACCUACCGUUCCUGCACAGUCCACUAUGGCCGCUGUCGGUGCUCUCCGUCUACUUCCUGCUCGUGUUCUACUGGAUACCGCACUACAUGCGCGAUCGCAAACCGUACGAUCUGCGCAAACUAAUGCUGGCGUACAACGUGUUCCAGGUGGUGGUGUGCUACUGUCUGAUACGGCAGCUCGUACGGCACGGCUGGACAUUCCGCUAUCUGUACACGUGCGAGCUGGCCGACUACUCGAACAGCAAGGACGCGAUCGGGUUCCUGCACGCCGCCUACCUCAACUACUGCGUCAAAACGGCAGAGUUGGUUGAGACCGUUCUGUUUGCGCUGCGCAAGAAGCGCAGCCAGAUUUCCUUCCUGCACGUCUACCACCAUGUGUUCACCUAUAUGCUGGCCUGGAUCUUCGCCAAAUACGUCGGAGGCAGCAUGCUCACGUACACCAUCAUCGUCAAUUCGCUGGUGCACAUGUGCAUGUACUCGUACUAUCUGCUCGCGGUCAUACCGAACUAUGUGCCCUUUUCCUUGAGCAAGCUGAAACGAUACAUCACCGCAUUGCAGAUUCUACAGCUUGGAAGCAUCCUGGUGAACAUCAUGUUCGCAAUGCGGAGUAGUUGCGCCAUUCCGCGUACCCACAUCCUGCUGUAUGCACCGUACAUGGUUGUGCUCAUAUCGAUGUUUAUCAACUUCUACAUGAAGACGUACAGUGGCAUUACCAGGGCACUCAACGUUUGCUAUACCGACGGCGGUGUCCUUAAGAAGGCUAAAUAG